UGGGCGGGGGAACUGAGGAAGGAGACAGAGUGGUGAGGAGAGGCAUCGUUCCACUGAUGCUGAGUCACAUAUCAGAGGGACCACAGCUGCAUCCCAUGAGUCUUUGGGAAUAAUGGAGGAGCUUGAACACACCUGCCCUCAUCCCCGAACGACUCUCACAGAGCCUGCCAUCUUUGCCAACGAGACCAGCUGUGACUGUCGCGCGCCUCAUGAGAAGCUCACCAUCGCUCAGGCCUGCAAAGGCACCCCAGUGGACCGGCCAGUCAGAGUCUACGCAGAUGGCAUCUUUGACCUAUUCCACUCUGGACACGCUCGUGCUCUCAUGCAGGCCAAGAAUCUCUUUCCAAACACCUACCUCAUAGUAGGAGUGUGCAGUGAUGAACUGACCCACAAGUACAAGGGCUUCACAGUCAUGACGGAGCACGAACGUUACGAGGCGCUGAGACACUGCCGCUACGUCGAUGAGGUCUUGAGAGAUGCACCCUGGACUCUCACGCCUGAGUUCCUUGAGAAACACAAGAUCGAUUUUGUGGCUCAUGAUGAUAUUCCAUACUCCUCAGCAGGAAGUGAGGACGUUUACAAACACAUCAAGGAGGCAGGGAUGUUUGUACCCACGCAACGCACAGAAGGAAUCUCCACCUCUGACCUGAUUACGAGAAUUGUCAGAGACUAUGACGUCUACGCCCGACGCAACCUUCAACGUGGCUACACGGCCAAGGAGCUUAACGUCAGCUACAUCAAUGAGAAGAAGUACCGGCUACAGAACCAAGUGGAUCGGAUGAAGGAGAAAGUUCGCACAGUCGAGGAAAAGAGCAAGCAUUUUGUUUACCGAGUGGAGGAGAAGAGCCACGACCUCAUUCAGAAAUGGGAAGAGAAAUCCAGAGAAUUCAUCGGAAACUUCCUAGAAUUAUUUGGACCCGAUGGGACAUGGAAACAAGUGUUUCAGGAGCGCAGUGGUCGAAUGCUCUCCUACGCUCUGUCUCCCAGAGAGUCACCCAGCAAUAGCCCUCCCCGCGAACUUUCCCCCCUGCGCUCACCCUCUCCCCCGUCUCCCCCCGCCCGCUGGCACAACGCGCGGCCCUCGCCCCCUACCUCCCCAAAAGGAGCGUCUGCGUCUAUAAGCAGCAUGAGUGAAGGGGAUGAAGACGAAAAGUAGACGGUCACACCAACCCGCACACGCGCACACUCACACACACACACACACACCUCACUCACAAACACAUGCACACACUCCUCCAAACACUGGCUGACAAACUGAAAAACAGUUACCCUCAAGGAUGUUGCAAAUAUGCAAUGCAGACGGUGAUCAUGGGGAAUGUAGUUCUGAGCUGCAGAGCUAAGAAGCCAUCACUGUCUCUGUUGUUUCUGGGCAACCAAGCAGACAGGAGGAAGAGGAUGAGGACAAAGUGUCAGAUUUUCGUGCAGCAUCUUUGACUUUGGAUUGUCCAGCACUGAUAGAGACUGUCAAACAGCUUGCUUAUAAUAUCAUCAGUUUUGGUUUUUUGUCUUAUUAUGUGAGAUUAUCAUUUUCUCUUCAAGAUGCCAAGUUUUCUUGUAACCGGUGUGAUAGCUAUGCGCGAGUAGGCACAGACUUACAGAAACACCUCGUCUUACAUUCAGUUCUACAUAUCGUGCACACUGGAGCUGGUUUCAUUCAUUUUGUGUAAUUUUGUGCUAGUUAAACAGAAUUUAAACGACAGACCCCUGCGAACCCUAGAGUAGCUGAGGCGAUGCUUGGAUAACACACGGCCUUUGCUGUUUUAGACCGUAUUCACAAAAACGAUCGCAUUGAAAUUCACUGAUCACGAGUUACUUCUAAGAUAUUCAUAUGAAAUUCUCUGCAGGAGCCCAGAAGACCGUAUAUUGUCAAGUUUCUGAAAUGCAGAUGAUAUGUGCAAAAACCCUAAGCAAAACCCAGCAAAAUACAGAAAAACAAGACAUAAACACAACUUUUAAAGCUCACGUUUUUUUGGAUGAUUGUAAAAGAGACACAAAAUCCAGUCCUCGAGGCUUACUGCACCAAAUAGUUUGAUGAAAUAGAAAAAAUAGAGCCUUCAUUUAUUAACCUCUUGAAUGUAAAUUGCAUCUUUUAGACUCCACAAAGAGGUAAUGUUAUCACUCUCACAUCUAGCCAUAUAAAAGGUUGUGUCUCACCUUUUAAAGGAAGCACUUGUGGAUUUUCACCAUUUAAAAAAAAAAGCCAUGUAAUUUUUUAGUAGUCUUUCAUGUUUAGCAGAGAUUUCUUUGGCUCUUUGGGACCUGAUGUCAGCCGUCCACAAAAACCUGACAAACUCUGACGAUACUUGAAAUAUCUCAAAAAUAUUAAAGCUCUCUGGGUGAAUCGUCAGGUUUGAACAUGGCGCUGUUCUCGCUGCGAUGAUUGGAAAUGUACAUUGCUCACGUCUGAGCAGACCUCUCUUCCACCCCAGCAACACAGUAAGUACCCUAUAAUGCAACGUAGAGACCUUAAUGUCCUGUACGCACUAUAUGUUAAUCUGCACUAUAUGAACAAAAUUUG